AUGCUGGACCGGUCCCUUAAAGAUCUGAUGGGCAACAAUCUUCCAUUUGGAGGGAAAAUUUUUCUGUGCUCUGGUGAUUUUCGUCAAAUUGCCCCCGUUGUACCAAAGGCACGCUCCCCUGGUGAUGUUGUCGCUGUCUCUCUUCGAUCCUCCCACUUAUGGCCACUUUUCAAAGUGUUUAAGUUGACGGUUCCCCAAAGAACGAGAGAUGCGACCGACUACUCUGAAUUUCUCUUGCAAGUAGGCAAUGGGUCUCACCCAGAGACAACAUUUGGGGAAGGCCGCGAACAAGAGAAGCGGGUUGCACUUGCAGGCUUGCGGCACUUGACAAGGCUUCAGGCACUGAUUGAUGAGGUAUACCCUGGCGAUAUUCUUACCACCCCUGAUUUAGCUGCAGAAAGGGCCAUUCUUGCCACACUCAACAACAACGUAAAUGUGAUAAAUGACAUCAUCUUGGCUUCACUGACAGGACAGCUUCACGAACUGAUCAGUUACGACGAGGUUGACAAGGAGGCUGACGAUGGUUUUGAGGUGGACGAGGAAACGUUGCAUCAAGCUCGUGGAAAAGGUGUGCCUGACACAUCCUGA